CCCAUGCACACGCUGAAGCAAGGCAAGCAGAGGAAUUUCUGGGUGCAGGAAGGACCCCUCCUCUCUCUCUCUCUCCCUCUCUCUCUGUCGUUCUCUCUGCAUCCGAUUUUCCUCUCAUCUCUCCACUGCUCUGUGCUGAGAAAAGGGGGAGGUGAGGGGGGAUGAAGGUGGUCUUGCAGUCGACGAGAGAAAAUGAACAUGAGUUUGCUGAGGAGUAGCUGCAACGAGAGGGAAAAACCUUUGCACAUGAGCCCUGCGGAUUGAUAAAAGAGGGACAAAUGACCACUCUGCACGGAGUCCGCCGCUUCAGUUGUUUAACUUGUUGAUGCAACGUUACAACACAGUUUUCCUUUUUUCCUCUCUGUUCUAUCGUCUGGCUGCAGUGAGUAAUAGAUGGCUGGCGGGAUUGCUAAUAUUCUUUUCCGAGGAUUAGUGUUUUAUUGAACUCAUCGAGGAUGCAGAUUAAUGAUGGAGCUUCUCUGUGAUGCAAUCUAUCUCUGAGCCGUAGCACUGUGACAAGCGGAGUAGGGUCCUUUUAAACACUACAGGUCAGCAUGGCAGCGGGUGUAGCGGCAUGGCUUCCCUUCGCCAGAGCGGCGGCCAUCGGGUGGAUGCCCGUGGCGAGCACCCCGAUGCCUAUCCCUCCCCAAGACAAGAGGAAAGCCCAGGACGGGUUCAUCAUCCUCAACGUGAGCGGUACCAAGUUCCAGACGUGGCGGACCACGCUGGAGCGGUACCCGGACACCUUGCUGGGGAGCACCGAGAGGGACUUCUUCUUCCACGAGGAGACCAACGAGUACUUUUUUGACCGCGACCCCGAUAUCUUCAGGCACAUCCUCAAUUUCUACCGAACGGGCAAGCUGCACUACCCGCGCCAAGAGUGCAUAUCCGCGUACGACGAGGAGCUCGCCUUCUUCGGCAUCAUUCCCGAGAUCAUCGGAGACUGCUGCUACGAGGAGUACAAGGACCGGAGGCGCGAAAACGCGGAGCGGCUCCAGGAUGACGAGGAGAUGGACAUGAGCAACGACGUCACGCCGGUGAAUCUGACGUUCCGGGAGUACCUGUGGCGGGCUUUUGAAAACCCACACACCAGCACCCUGGCGCUGGUUUUCUACUAUGUCACGGGGUUCUUCAUCGCCAUAUCGGUGAUGGCCAACGUGGCGGAGACGGUUCCGUGCGGGACUCUGCCCAACAGGUCCAAGGAGGUCUCCUGCGGGGUGCGCUACGCGCUGGCCUUCUUCUGCUUGGACACUGCGUGCGUCAUGAUAUUUACGGUCGAGUACCUGCUCCGCCUGAUCGCUGCUCCCAGCCGCUGCAAGUUUAUGAAGAGUGUUAUGAGCGUCAUCGACGUGGUGGCGAUCAUGCCGUACUACAUCGGCUUGGUCAUGACCGACAACGACCAGGUGAGCGGGGCGUUCGUCACGCUGAGGGUCUUCCGCGUCUUUCGGAUUUUCAAGUUUUCCCGGCACUCUGCGGGGCUACGCAUCCUUGGCUACACCCUGAAGAGCUGCGCCUCCGAGCUGGGCUUCCUCCUCUUCUCCCUCACCAUGGCCAUCAUUAUAUUCGCCACAGUCAUGUUUUAUGCGGAGAAAGGCUCCACAGCAACCAAGUUCACCAGCAUCCCCGCAGCCUUUUGGUACACCAUCGUCACCAUGACAACACUGGGGUACGGUGACAUGGUGCCAAAGACGAUUGUGGGGAAGGUGUUUGGGUCCAUAUGCUCUCUGAGCGGGGUGCUGGUCAUCGCCUUGCCUGUCCCUGUCAUAGUGUCAAACUUCAGCCGUAUCUACCACCAAAGCCAGCGGGCAGAGAAACGACGAGCCCAGAGGAAAACUCGCCUCGCUAGAAUCCGUGCUGCGAAGAUUCGGGGCACUAAUGCCUUUUUGCGCUACAAACAAAACGGGCCCCUGAUCGACGCCUUUGAGGAGGCCUCUAAGAAAGCAGGACAAGCCCUGGUUGGAAAGGCCGCUAGCCCUCCUUUCGAGAGCCAACAUCAUCAUUUGCUGCACUGCUUGGAGAAGACCACGAAUCACGAGUUUGUGGACGAGCAGACCUUCCAGGCCAACUGCAUGGAGAUCUCAGUGGUGAACAAGUCGGGCUCCUGCACUUCCUCAAUGUCCUCGUCUCCGCACGGCCUUAGCUCGUGCUGCUCUCGACGCCACAGGAAGAAGAGCAGCUUCAGCCUGCCGAGCACCAACAACCAGGAGCUCAGCACCAUACAAAUCAGAGAGAGGCCCGUGUCCAACAGCCGCUCCAGCCUGAACGCCAAACUCAAUGAGACUGUACCCUUGAAGUGCGACGAAGCUUACAUCUCCCCGACCAUGGUCCGGCUGUCCGCCCCGGUGGUGACCUCGUCAGACAACACCUCCACCUCCACCACCACAUACUUGCACAGCAACAUUGUCCGAGUAUCUGCCUUGUAGAUGUCACGCCUAUCUGAUCUGAUCAGCUAACUGGUCUCAGAAAGCACCAGGUGCUGAGGAGAGGGACCACCGAGCAUCAACCUGCCAUAACCAAGAGGGAUUAUAAACUUAACAGUGGUUGAGAUUUUUAUUUGAAGUUGUGAUUUCAUCUGAUGUCAGACUUUGCAUGGAGUUAAAAAAAAAAAAAACUGUGUGGACAGCCGCCUGAGAAGUUUGAUGUUGAACCAGCAGAUCUUGCUCCAUUAAGCACAUCAAAGCGAGAAAGCGUUUGGAGUGAUCGUCAUCGUUGCCUAAACAUACUGAGAGAAAAACCUUAUUUUUCAGUAUGUGACUUAGACGUAUUUGUUGUCUCUGAUUCAAAGGCGGAAAAGUCUCGAGAUCAUUCUCGACGGCCUCUGAUGAUAAAGCACACAUAUUCAUUGCCUAAAUGGGCCAUCUUUGUGAAUAUGAAAUCACUCUCCACCCUGUUCCAUUUAAAACUCUCUUCGAUUAAAUGCUUUCUUAUCUUCCCCCUUCACUGUUGUAGAGUCCAAAAAACAUACAUCCACUGGAAGAGAUCGAUGUUGUGAAUAAUCAUGAACUUGACUCAUUAACUGGCUGGUUUAAUCGCCCGAUGAACAAAAUCACCCGACUCAUCCGGACAUGUUUGUGAAAUGUGCAAGUGAAAGUUAAACGACCAAAUCUGUGUUAGCUUCUAUAUUUGCCAUGCUGGCUCAGUAUGAAAGCCGCUGUCGGUAGUUAAAAGUUGUUACUGAUAACUAUACAGGGUAUACGUUAGUUAGGGCACAAGUGAAUAGGGAGAUGUCCUUGGCAACACUUGACUAACCUUAAUGUGGACACAUACAGAAUGGUAGCAUCGGCCUUCAACACCUUAGGAGAGUACAGUGAAUGACUUCCUCACAAUGACUUUGUUGACUCCAUUGCGUCAAAGCACCAUUUUGUAUAUUUUUCAUACUGUAAAUAUUUCUCGGUUAGGACUUUAUCAAAUGCAUCUGAAGUUGGCUCCUCUCAUUUCUAGAUUUAGUUCGAACAGUUGUUGGCCAAAACUCUUUCUGUCUGUUACCUGGUUGAAUUUAAUGAUUUGCAUGCUGUCAUUGCAGAAUUAUGUUUUAAUUAAAGUGUGUCUCUGCUUCUUGUUGGGAGGUUUGUCAGUGAUGGGAAAAUCAAUGGAUUGGAGCACAAUAAAGCUGGCGUGUGUCCGGA